AUGAAUAGUCUAUCAAUUAAAUUCAGAAAUCGGCACUGCAACAACUUGCUAAUAUUUGCGCGAAAUAAAUCCAAACAGAAUGUACGGAAAUAUAUUGAUCUGGUCAGCAACGAUACGUACUCUAACAAGAGACGACAGAGUUUAUUCAAAUCUCGAGCGGCAUUCAAACUUCAAGAAAUAGAUAGUAAAUACAGAAUCUUCACUAAGAGAACAAAAAACAUCGUUGAUUUGGGGUUUGCACCAGGAGCUUGGACCCAAUUUGCAGUUCACCGCCUAGAAGAACAGAAUCUAUCACACAACAUACUUGGUAUUGAUAUCAACUUGGCAACUCCAGUUAAAGGAUGUCACUACAUGCAAGGUGAUAUUAUGAAUAAAUCUACUCAUGCCAAAAUUAGAAAUUUUUUUGAAAAGCAAAGGUUACGAGAGACUCAAGACUAUCAAACAGAUACCAGCAGCGAUGAAGAAAAACAACUUGAUUUGAUUAUGAGUGAUAUGAUGGUAGACUGUACAGGAACUGGACUGGCAGAUCAUAUAGGUAACAUGGAACUUUGUACGGCAGCGCUAUAUUUGGCAUACCUGGAGUUAAAGCCAGAGAAAGAUAUGAUUUUAAAAGUUUGGCUGGGUCUGGAAUUGAAAUUAUUUGAAACAAGAAUGAAUAUAAUGUUUAAAAAAGUCAUUCACAUAAAGCCUGACGCAAGUAAAGAUAGACUGAGCGAGUUGUAUAUGGUAGGAAGGCGUAAGGUGGACUUGGAAAGCAAGGGUAUUACAUUUAAUGAUAUCCUCAAUGCCACAAACUCAACAGAAAAGGUAUCAUAA